AUGCCCCGCAAUAACGCUCUGAGGUCUCCACCCGGCGGCCGCCCCAGCACGGCAUGCCACCGCUGUCACGACCGAAAGGUAAAGUGCUCUCGCGAGGUACCCUGUCGGAACUGUCAUCUCGCACAUCGAACCUGCACUUAUCCCUCACGCGAGCAAUUCUUGACCGUGCCUGAGAGCUAUAUCCGUAACCUCGAAGCAAACGCAUCACGUUUGUCUGCGGCCCCAGCGACUUACUAUCCUGCAGUUUCCUCUCGCCCCAAUGAUGUAGGAACACAUGCCAAUGGUGCUACGAGCUCAGGAAGUCAUAGUAAAGCUGAACUCUUGGUCGAGGAUCCUACAACCGAGGGCUUUGUUUCUAGACUGAAGCGGUUUCGGCAGCCCUAUUUGGCUGGUUCUUCGAGCCAAUUACCUCACGAUUCUCAGUCGUCACCCAGCAAUGUCGGCGGAAACACCCCCCAGGAGAGUGCGUAUGAGUACGUUCGCCUUAAUUUCGAUACGAAGAAUCCCUCUCUAUCAAUAAAGCUACCACCUUAUCCGUAUGCUCUAGUAUUGCUAAAUCAGUUCGACGUUUUCCUUGGCCAUGACUGGCAUUGGUUUUUGCGAAAGACGUUCCGCGAAAAGCUGAAUGUGACCUAUCAGCAGCCUUUCUCUGAUGAGGCGAGCGAUCGAACGUGGUUGUGCCGACUGCUUGUUGUCUUCGCUCUUGGGGAGUCGUACAACUCUGGCCAACCUCCCGAGAUUCACUUUUUACCAGACGGUUCUCACGCCAGUCACUCUUUCCCAGACCGUGAAUCCAAGCCUCCCCCUGGAACUCAAUUCUUUGAACAGGCUUUGGCAUUACUCAACAUUCGCCAUGAGAACCCAAGCAUCGACCAGGUGGAAGCCCUUAAUCUCAUUGCGUUCUACUCAUAUAGCCUAAAUCGUAGGAAAGCAGCCUACUCCUACGCUGGACAGAGUACGAGGAUGUCCAAUAUGUUGGGGUUGCACAAGCCUCCUACGUCCACGACAUCCUCGAUUGUCGAACUAGAGCACCAGAAGCGUGUAUGGUGGACUACAUACUGCCUGGACCGUAUGACGAGCACUGAAAUGGGCUUACCCACGGCGAUUCAUAUUAGUGAAGUCGAGAUCUCGUAUCCAGAGGACUCGCCACUCCUAACACCUGAACAAAGAGAAGAGUUUGGAGACGCCCAUACUAUUAAUGCCUACAUUCAACUUGCCUUCAUUCACGCAGACAUAUGCGAGAAUAUGAAGAGCUUAGACGAGGACACCACUGCGAAUGUUGGCAAAUGGACUGGUUCCAUUGUCCAGCGUCUUAACGACCUCAAGGCUGGCUUGCCACCGCAUCUUAAUUAUGAUUUCGAAGACGGCAUUCCGGAACCUGUAAAGCAGCUCCACGACCGAUCGCUGGCAUCUCUAUAUCAGCGAUAUAACCAGUGUUUCAUCCUCCUCCUUCGACCGCUCUUUCUGAAACGUAUUAUGCUAUUACUAUCCUCUAAAACUACUGAGGCUGAGCAGGAGGACCUGCAGGACCUCACUAACAUCUGCCUACGCAUGGCCAGAACAACCUUGAACAUAAUCAUAGAUCUCUGGAACAUGGACAAAAUAGCUAAGUUUGGCUUCUGGGAAAGCCUACAUCUCUUUUCUAGCCUUACCAUCCUCUCUUUAGCUAACUCUGUCAAUUCUCGCUGGCCUGGGAGCUUCAAUGAAAAGCCCAACGAUGCAGCUACUUACGAGACGGCGAAAAAUCUGCUGCUCAACAUGGUUUUGGCGGGCAAUCUCGCUUCGAAAGGUCAGGCUUGCAUGUUGGAGGACGUGGAGGCAUUCCACGAAGUCUGCUGGAGAGACGACCGUGAGACGUUCGAGAUCGACAGUUCCUGGAAUCUAGAUGACUGGAUAAGCCAGAUUACUUGCCUUGCACUAUAG